UUAACAAUGCAACUGGCACAUGUAACUAAUGCCUGGGAGAAAACAUCAUUAUUGACUAAUUCUGGUUACAUAAGCUUAUUCAAGGCCACGAACAAACAUCUUUCGAAGAGCUCGCUAAACAUGGCGCUCGUUUCAGUUAGCGAAAAGUGUUUUAACACCAUAGAAUCAGCACUGAAAGCAGUGAAAACAGGUGACAUACGCAGUUCUGAAAUUAUGUUGAAAUCACUUGGAAACGAUGGUUUGUUAGUGCAACAACAGGCGUCUGUAUAUUGUGAUCGGCUCAGAGAAGCUGAAAAUGAACACAAGCAACAAGUAGAGGCCAUUACCCGCCAGAUAAACGAGUUAUAUCAGGAACAGAAACAGCACGAAAAAAGGAAAAAAGAAUUAGAAGCAAACAAAUCUGUACUAAGGAGCAAGAAGAAUCAUUACAUCCAAGGCAAGCGAGAGGCUUUGAGAAAAUAUCAAGAAGUAGAGUGGCAGAAGAGAGAAGCCGAAGAAAAAUUUGAAGAAUUGAAGACCUUUUGGUGGGUGCCUAUUUACGGUCAGUACCUUGUUGUGCGCGAAUUAUUUGAAGAAAAUGACAAGAAGGCAAGACAUGCCUCGAGAGAAAUGCACCGUCAUGAAAGGGAUGCCGAGGAAGCCGAAAGGGACAUUGAACGGACCAAUUCAGGAAUUCGUCAGGCUGAGGAAGACAUGCGGAGGAUUUCUGAGAAAGUGGAACAGCUGGAGAGACAACGACAACACUGUCACAAUAAUUUGGGUGACGUAAAAAGUAUGGUGGUAUUUAUCAUUCAAGCUGUUACUUUCUGGAAGGAGGUGGUCGAACUCACAAGGGCAGCAACAGUGAAGACUGAAAACAUCCAAAAGAUCGUGGAACUGGCUCAAAAGAAAGAUUCAAUUAAGAUACUCACAAGCAGAGGAACCCAGAUUAAGAUGAAGUCGUUUAAAGAAUGCUGGAUGGAUUUAAUACAGACCAUCAACUCUGACGAGAACAACGUGAUUUUUCAAAGGUAUGCAAAAGCUGCUAUUUCCUGAUGGUGCUUAUUAUCAUAAUGAUGACAAAAAGACAAUGGCAAGGACAAUAUUAUGACAACUUUGGUGAUAGUGCUGAUGCUGGUGCUCAUGACCACAAAGACAAAAGCAAUGAUGGUGAUGAUGGUAGCUAUAAUAAUAAUGAUCACAAAAUAUCAUCAUUUAUCACUUGGCUCAACACCAGUGACAGUGAUGAUGACCUUAGUGAUAAUCCUGAUUCAAAUGCUCCCAAUCACAAAGACAACUUUAGUGAUGGAGAUGUUAGUAGCUAUAAUUAUAGUUAUCAUGAACUUUUAUCAUUAGUCAGUACUAAAACAAAAUUGUCAAAUGUCAAAACAGCUUUCAACAGCCUGAUAUGACCACUGGCAGAACAAUGUACACAUCAUGCUUGUAAUUGGACUGUGUAUGCCUCAGAAUUUGAAAUGUUGUCAUGCAUUUCCUUAAGUGUUGGUUUCCAUGAAAAUGACUAAUCCAUGGCUGUGUUGUUUCUAAAAUUCUGUCAUAGUUUUGAUUGACUAAUAACAAAAACCAUCAUCACUUGAAUUUAUUUAAUUUAUAGUUUAUUUAGAUUGACCCCACAAGCUGUUCAGCUUUAAACAUUAUCGUGUCU